GUAAGAAGAAUCCGAUGGAGAAGGUGGCGUUAUCAUCCCUGUGAGGGUUCGCUUGGCUCACCGUAUUCUAGUUUGACCUUGCCUCAAUUACUGAUGCUAUGGCCAACAUGGAAGGCGAUGAGGAUGUUCCUCAGAUCAAACUUGGAGACGCUUCAUGUGCCGCCCCAUUCACAUCCAAGCUGUCCCAUGUCGCUGCCAUUACCCACAUUAUCAGGCAAGGUCGCUGUACUUUAGUCGCUACCAUUCAGAUGUACAGGAUUUUGGCGCUGAACUGCCUGAUCACUGUGUACAGCUUGUCGGUUCAGUAUCUUGGCGGGUUCAAAUUUGGUGAAUAUCAGGUAACCGUUAGCGGAAUGUUGAUGUCCGUCUGUUUUCUCUGCAUCUCUCGGGCCAAGCCAGUUGAAAAACUUUCCCAAGAGAGGCCGCUGGGCAACAUCUUCAACCUCUAUGUGCUAUUAUCCGUGCUGCUCCAGUUUGCCCUACACAUUAUCUCGCUCAUUUACAUUACGAACUUGUCGCAUUUCCAUGAGCCAACUGGUGUUAUUGACCUCGAGGCGCAGUUCGAGCCCAGUCUCUUAAACAUCGCCAUCUACCUUCUGGGUCUCUCUCAACAGGUCUCCACAUUUACUAUCAACUUCCAGGGUUGCCCUUUCCGCGAGGGAAUCCGCGAGAACUCGAGCUUGUACUGGGGGCUUGUCGGUGCUAGUGCUGUGGCAUUCUCUGGAGCUACGGACUUCAUGCCUGAGUUGAACCGAUGGUACAGAACGUCGAGAUGGAGGGAUCGGUACGUCAUUUUCCCAAUUUUUAGCAUGACAAUCUUAUCGUUGAUCCUUCAUCCGUUUAGUGAGUGA